AAUGUUGAGUGUGAUAUUAAGAAGGAGUGCCUAAAGAAGUAUGGCAAUUAGAGGUGGUCAUGGAUGGGAUAGACCAGAUGUACCUUUAACAAUUGCAUAUUAACAUAAAAGAAGGGUAUUAAUCAAUAUAAUCAUUUUUAUAGAUGGAUGUUUUUGAUACAAAUUUAUGGUUUUAUUGUGGUGUGAUGCCUGAAUACUUUAUCAAUUAGAGUAAUUAAUUAAUUUGAUCUUUUAGAUGAGGGAUAUUUACAUUCAACUUAGAAUGCCAUUAAAUAUUUGAUACUUGAUUCGAAAUAUAUUAUUGCAGCUUUUGUGGCAGCUAUUUUCACAUAUGAAAUAUUCUAUGAAGCCAGAUUUUGGAACAUCCAACCAGAUUAUUUAAAAAACCCAAUCGUCAACUAUUCAAGAAAAGUGUAAUAAGAGAGACCCUUCUUAGUUAAGCAUUUCUUAGAUUUAAGUAAGGACUCUAUUUAAUACUAUUAUAAUAGGUAUUACAGGUGAUAUGGGUAUUUAAAGAAUGAUUCCUGGGGAUAAGAGUUUUGCAACUGAAUUAUUGGAAACUUAUGAAGAAUAAAAUAAACACAUCCAACUCAUGAAUUUGGAAGGCAAAACAUAUAUAGAAAGAGUUGAGGCUGAGACUAGAUAAGUUGUUGCUAGAAGACAUGGAUAAGUUGAAGAUCAACAUCAUCAUCAUUGAUA